ACUUUUUGCAGGGUGUGUGGCUUGAAACUGUUCAAACGGCUUUUGUCAGUUUGAAUUUCGCGGACGAGUCCCAUCCGCCUCCCCUUUUGUGUUUAUUUCAAUUUUCAGAGGUUGGAGGCGGCCGGGACUUUGCUAGCUUGUGGGCGAGGCAGUUGAGUCGCGUCGUUGUUCUGAGUGUUUCGCGUCUCAGCGAGUUUAUAUUUUAGGGAGAAGUGUUCAGGCCUAAGAGUGACUUCUAUAAGGCUAUCUAAUAUUUUAGUUGAGACUCUGUCAACAUGGAGGAGGAUUCACUAUGUGAUAAAGUUGAAAAUGUAAUUGGCUGCUUUGUGGAAGAUGCAGUAACAUUUUGGGCCCAGAACAUGAAUAGACAUCGCGACAUGUUGGACAUCACCUGUGCUCUAACUGAAAUUUGUCCUCAAGCCAACUCAGUUUUUGGUAAUCCUGAUCUUUCCAAGGUUUAUGGUGGGUGCUUUUCUGAAGAUAAAUGCUGGUACAGAUGUAAAGUGCUACAGGUUAUCAAUCAUGAAAAGUGUCAGGUAUUAUAUAUCGAUUAUGGGAACUACGAGACUCUUAACCGGUCACAAAUAGUAGAAAUACCUGCGAACUUGCAGUUUCCUAGUGUGGCCAAAAAAUACAGAUUGUGGGGAUUACAGAUUUCAGUUAAUCAAGAUUUGAAUCAGUUUGACCAGGGGAAGAAGUUCCUGAAUAGCUUGAUUUUUGAAAAAGAAGUGAAAAUAAGGUGGAAAGACGUAUGUGAUGAUGGUACCGUUCUUGCCCUGGCAGAAUAUGGUGUACUAAAUAUUGGGGAAGAAAUGGUUAAGAAAGGAUUUGCUGAAAGAUCCAGGUGUCCUAUAAGCAGCAAUACAUCUCAGUUGAGGAAUGCAAAAACAACACCUUCACUGAGGUCAAACAGAGCUACCCCUCCAGCAAGCAGUAGAGUUAAAGGGGGAACUGGUGAUAUGCCUCUGAACAGUUGCAAUGAGAAUAAUACUGCAAAUCAUGUACCGUUUAUCAAGGAAAAAAUGAUGGCUUGUGAUCUGAACAAAACAUCGAACAUUAGCCUGGCAAAAAUCAAACAAGAGCAAAAGAUUAUAGAGGAGAAUCUAAGGCUGAAAGAAGAGAAUCAGAAUCUUAAAUCAACGGUUGAUAAGCUGAACUGUGAACUGGAGGCAAAGGAGAAAACUCAUAAGGAAACAUUGUCUACAUAUGUUGGAGCUAUUAUGAGAAAUUUGGCUGUGAAGUUUGAGAAGCUCAAAGACAUUAGGCAUGCUGCUAUGAGUGAUUGCCUUGAAGAAGACCUUUCAGAAGCUGUAAAAGCAGUAACAGAAGAAUGUCUCGCUGUUCCUCCCUCUUUGGAAAACUUGGAGAAGAUUUGGGCAGAAUAUAACACUGCUCAGGAGGAAAUACGCUCAUGCAAAUAUAAGGAUGAAGUACAAAACUUGAUUCUUCAAAGAAAUGAAAUGCAGCAGAAGUUAUACUGUGCAGUAAAAGAAUUCAUUGUGGAAGUAGACAAGUUGCCCAUUUCUGAACGUCUAGAAACUUUACAGAGAUCGCAAGAGUAUUUGGAGGCUGUGUAUGGAGAAGCUCAUGAAGGAGAGAGUUCUGAGAGAGUGUUUGAGGAGUUCUUUGAAUGGAAAUGCAUUAAGAUGGAGGAAUUAAACCGUGUCAGAAGUGCUUCAGAUGCCUCUCUGCAAGAUUUUGUAACUUGCUUCAACAGGAUAAUUACGUUCUUUGACAUAACAUCAGAAACACUUUUGAAAUCUGAAGAUUCCAUUUUCAACAUGGAUGAUGUUCUCAAGAGGGUUGACUUGGGUAUUUCUCAAGAACUGGAUGCUUCCUUGGUAGAGCAAGAUGAAGCUGAUAAACAAAUAAUCUUGACUGUGUACAAUGCAGUAAUACAGAGGAUCCACCAAGAGCAACAUCUCCUGAAUACAGUGUAUCACAGAUAUCGGGACAGUGUUGAGUUCAAAGCACAGAUUGUGGCGUGGCUGGAUCAAAGUCCCAACAUUGAUGAUUUGUUACUGGUUAAGAAGAGAUUGAAAAACAAAAAGGCCCAGCUAAGGUGGAAGCUGGUUGAGAAGAGCAACUUGGAAGAAUCUGAGGAUUACAGUGAGUCUGAAAUGGCGAAAAUAAAAGACGAAAUUGCUGGACUACGUAAUAAUAUCUUUCAGGAUAUAUACCAAGAACAAGAAGAAUAUGAGAAGCUUAAUCACCUGGUGCACAGAUGGUUCCCUGAGCUGCCACUCCUUCAUCCAGAAGCAGGAAUUCUGAAGUAUAUGAACUCAAAAGGCCUUCUCACAGUCAGUUUGGAGCGUGAUCUUUUAGAUGCUGAACCAAUGAAGGAACUAAGCACAAAACACUCUCUAGUUUGCUCUGAGUUUCAAGGGCAGAAAGUCCUCCUAAAGGGUUAUGUUGUAGAUAUUAAUACAGAAACAGGAGUGAUUAAAAGAGCAGCGGAGUAUCACAAAGCCUGGAGAGAAUUAAAGGAGGAAUCUGGUUUAAUGCAUCUCAUGUUCCUGUUCUUAGGCAGGUAUGAGCCAUUGGCAUAUAUAAUGGUCCCAUAUUAUGCUGGAGCAAGUCUGGGUGCAUUGCAGAGAAGCAUUCCUUUAACUCCAGACGAGAUCUUGAAAGUAAUGAAAGGAGUAGCCAGAGGUCUGCAUACGUUACAUUCAGCAAAUGUGGUACAUGGCUCGCUGCAUGAAAGCAAUGUGUUUGCUGUAAACCGGGAGCAAGGAAUUGUUGGAGACUUCGAUUUCAGCAAAACAGUGGAUCAGCGUGUUUCAGUGAAUUAUGUGCUAACAAAUGGUUUGAGUUUAACUUCUCCUGAAAUAAAAAGUGGAAAGCCACCAUCUCCAGCUUCAGAUAUGUAUGCUUAUGGCUGUUUACUUUACUGGUUGUUUGUUGGGAACCUGGAGUUAAAAAGAAACAGUGAUGGAACUCCCCAGAUGGAUGAGAAUAAUCUGGACGAUAAGAUUAGAUCUCUGCUUUUGGCUCUCCUCUGCUGUGACAAUCGAAUGACCUCCGAGCAGGUCCUGCAGGAUGACUGUUUCCUGCUGCCUUCCUCAAGCCCAGUUCCACCAGAUGAACCAGAAGUUGAACCAGCUGAAUGUGGAAGUGGAGGAGAGAGUGCAGAUACUGGAAUAGGAUCUGGUGACUUGCUGGGUAGUGAGCCAGAACCUUCUUCAGAGACUGCAGCGCUAGAUAUUGACUAGUGUUAGGAUACUAAGUCAAAUGUGGCCAGCUUAACCAGAUUUUUGGAGAGAAAUUAUUCUCUAUUUUGGAACACUGAAACAAAAAGUACAACCACCUCUGUCUUAUUGACAGAAUGUACUUGAACUGCAGUUGUCUUAAGAGUUGUAUAUAUACAUUUGUUUCCUACUUUGGACUUGGCACUUACAUUUUAAAACAGAUUUAGAAUGUUCUUGUUUAGGUUAUGUCCAAGCUGGAGUUAUGGCUCCAAUUCCGGUUUUGCUGCUGUCAACUAUUUCUUUCACUUGUUUCCCACAUUAUAUUCUUGUUUUUACAGCAAGCAAUUUCUCCAAAUUCUUUGAAAGUUCCAUUAGAGUUAGUUUGCUCAGGAAGAAGCUACAGCUCAGCUUAUGCCACUCUGGUUGAUAAAUCCUUCUAAAAGACUUCCUCACGUUGUGUUUUUUCAGGGUUGCCAGUGUGUUACCUGAUUAGCCAAAUCUGAAAUACUGUUCUGAAAUAUAAACCCUGAGAAUACUGGCAAAAGAAAACAUCAAAAUCCAGAAGAGUGCUUUGUGGCAAGUUGGGCUUACAUUUUGACCUUUGUGACUGAAAUGCUGAAUAAAUUUUUUGCCCAAAAACCACAGGCAAAAUGUUCAAUCUUUUAUCAGCCUGAGGGGUGUUCACACUCAUUAGGCAGUGGUUUGAAUGAAACCUUGAAGCAAGUCUAUGUGAUUACACCAUUUAGCCAUUAGGUGGUGCACUUGACUUAAAACUCAUGAGUAUAACUGCUAGCAGCAACCUUAUGGUCAGGAUUGUGUGCUGCAGCUUGUAACACUGAUUCAAGUACGUCAUUGCCAUGAAAAAAAUGUAUGAUGUGUGACUUUUAUAUUGGGAAGGGACUAUUUCUAAGUUGAUAAAACAGAUUAUGUUGUUCCAGGUGCAAACUAUAGAACUCUGCCAUAUUUCAUGGAUAAAUGUUUACUUUUCUCUAACUGUUCUUGGUUGUCUGUUCCCUUUUCUUUUCUGUAAGAAGACUACAGAAUUUUAUUUUAGAUGUUUAUAUGUCUAAUAAAUAAUAGCAGUGCAAAACA